AAUUCAAACAAAAUCUGUCAAAAAGUGAGUGACACUGGGAGUUUUUCUCUCAGAUUUUUCUCAAUUUUCCAAGCAAAUAAGUGAGUGAGAGUUGAAGAAAACAUCCCAAGUGACUCCAGAAGAUCCCUUCUGACGAGUGAAAUGUGAAAAUCCAGGUGCAAUUUGUUGAGUGAUUUUGACCAAGGAAAAAAUGAGUGUAUAGGGAUAAAAAAGUGUGUCCAGGAAAGGAAUAAAACGCCAGGAAGAGAGCUUCAAGGAUGGCAGAGAGUUCAGGAAACCGAGCUGUAUUCCAUCAACUCAGUGUAACAUUGGAACAAGCCACUCUGCGGAAUGUUGGCUUCCUCAAGCCCAAUCCCUAUGUGGAGCUGUCAGUGGACAGCAAGAGUAUCCGGAAGACGGAAUUUGUGAAGAAUACAUAUCUGCCGAAGUGGAAUGAGGAGUUUACGGUGCUGGUGACGCCAAAUUCGACGCUGCAGUUCAAGGUGCUGGACCAUUCGAGUUUCCGGAAGGAUGUGCUCAUUGGGGAGCAAACACUGAGUCUGGGUCAGAUUCUGCAGCACUACAAUGGACGCUGUGAGAAUCUGGAGUUGACGAUGGAUCUCCUGGUGACGUCAAAGUCACCGGAAGCGCGGCAGAAUAAGAGCGGGGAACUAGUGACGGUGCUGAAUGGCCUGAAGAUUGAUAUGAAGAGUGUUGUGAUCACGAAUGGGGGCAGUUCGGGGGUCAAUGGGGAGACAUCGACGAGUGGGGGCAGGAGUAGUGUACUGAAUGGGGGUGUUAGGGCGAGACAGCGUCUCCGGAGUGUGACUACGAGUGCUGCAAAUGCCUCCCCGAGCAGUAUUAGUGAAUCCCUGAGGACAGUUUCCUUCUCGCCGGAACAUACGGCCUCCAAUGGGACAACGGCGCAUACUACAAGCUCCUCAGCUGGAACUGUGAGGAGGAAUAGUGGAAUGAACUGGGAGAAUGCCAUCGUUCCGGCAAGUAGUCAGCCAAAUGGAUCAGUUCUCUCAGUUCCAGCAGCUGCUGCCCUUCCGAGCUAUCCGACCCAAGGAAGUCCUAGCAUGGCCAUGAAUGGAGCCUCCGGUUCUGCCGGUAAUAAUCCUGGAGCAGCGUCAACCGCCCUCGUAAAUGGAGGCAGUCCGGCUCCGGUGUCCAAUUCGACAGAUCAGCAACUCGUAGCAUCGCAGACGACGAGCGAGGAUGAACCUCUGCCCGUCGGCUGGGAGAUUCGCUUCGAUCAGUACGGACGCAGGUACUAUGUUGACCACAAUACGCGUUCCACGUACUGGGAGAAGCCCACUCCCCUGCCACUGGGCUGGGAGAUCCGACGAGAUCCACGUGGGAGGGUUUACUAUGUCGAUCACAAUACCCGGACUACAACGUGGCAACGGCCGAACACUGAACGCCUGCAGCACUUCCAGCACUGGCAGGGCCAGAGGGCACAUGUUGUGGCUCAGGGCAAUCAGAGGUUCCUGUAUACGCCGGCAGCUGCUGGUGCUGGGGCAGGAAUGCCCCAGGCUGGAGCUGCGGCACAGGAAGAAGAUGAUGGACUGGGUCCAUUGCCGGAUGGAUGGGAGAAGAGGGUACAGCCGGACAAUCGGGUGUACUAUGUCAAUCACAAGAAUCGCACGACUCAGUGGGAGGAUCCGAGGACUCAGGGUCAGGAGGUGAGUCUCAUGAGUGAAGGUCCCCUGCCACCAGGCUGGGAGAUCCGGUAUACUGUCAAUGGAGAGCGAUUCUUUGUGGAUCACAACACAAGGAGGACGACCUUUGAGGAUCCAAGGCCAGGAGCUGCCCAGAAGACCGGCGGAAAGGGAGUCUAUGGUGUCCCGAGGGCCUACGAGCGCUCAUUCAGGUGGAAACUCAGUCAAUUCCGCUAUUUGUGCCAGAGCAAUGCCCUGCCCUCGCACAUUAAGAUCACCAUGACGCGUCAGACGCUCUUUGAGGAUUCCUACCAUCAGAUUAUGCGAUUGCCGGCCUACGAACUCCGUCGGCGGCUGUACAUAAUCUUCCGGGGAGAAGAGGGUCUGGACUAUGGAGGAGUAUCCAGGGAAUGGUUCUUCCUGCUGAGUCAUGAAGUUCUCAAUCCCAUGUACUGUCUGUUUGAGUAUGCCAACAAGAAUAACUACAGUCUGCAGAUCAAUCCCGCCUCGUACGUCAAUCCUGAUCAUCUGCAGUACUUUAAGUUUAUUGGGAGAUUCAUUGCAAUGGCCCUGUACCAUGGACGCUUUAUCUAUUCGGGCUUUACGAUGCCCUUCUACAAGAGGAUGCUCAAUAAGAAGCUCACCACAAAGGACAUUGAGUCCAUUGAUCCGGAAUUCUAUAAUUCUCUGGUUUGGGUGAGGGACAAUAACAUCGAUGAGUGUGGCCUAGAGCUGUGGUUCAGUGUGGACUUUGAGGUGCUAGGGCAGAUAAUUCAUCAUGAGCUGAAGGAGAAUGGGGAUAAAGAACGUGUCACGGAGGAGAAUAAGGAAGAGUACCUUACGCUAAUGACGGAAUGGAGAAUGACGAGAGGUAUCGAGCAGCAGACUAAGACAUUCCUGGACGGCUUCAAUGAAGUGGUGCCUCUGGAGUGGCUCAAGUACUUUGAUGAGCGCGAACUGGAGCUAAUGCUGUGCGGAAUGCAAGAGAUCGAUGUCGAUGACUGGCAACGGAACACGAUCUACAGGCAUUACAACCGCAACAGUAAGCAAGUUCUGUGGUUCUGGCAGUUUGUCAGGGAGACGGACAAUGAGAAGCGUGCCAGAUUGCUGCAAUUUGUAACGGGGACGUGUCGGGUGCCCGUGGGAGGAUUUGCCGAGCUAAUGGGCUCCAAUGGACCCCAAAGGUUCUGCAUUGAAAAGGUGGGGAAGGAAACGUGGCUUCCGCGAUCGCAUACGUGCUUCAAUCGUCUGGAUUUGCCACCGUACAAGAGCUACGACCAACUCGUUGAGAAGCUCAACUACGCCAUCGAGGAAACGGAGGGCUUUGGCCAGGAAUAGAGAAGCACUCAUCAAGUAAGUGCAUAAUUAAUCCUUUUUCAUGUAAAUAAUUGUUAAUAGUUUCUGGUGAGAUAUGAAUAAUGAUGAUGCAAAAAUAUUUGUAGCUAUAAAUAGUUAAAGCAAAAAGAAAAAAAAGAUCGUAGAAAGGUUAUAAUUUUAUUUUAAAAAGAAAAAAAAUUGUGUAUAAAAUAUUUUGUGGGGAGAUUUUAAAGGGUAAGCUUUGAAAGGCUAAAAAAAAAGACACGAAAGAAAGAAAGAAAGAGUUUGAAUGAAGAUCAAAUGGGAUCAGUGAUAAUAUCAAAUUAUUUUUAGAUUUUAGGUGAAAGAAAAAAAAAAAGAAAUUUUUAGAAAAAAAAAUUGAUUCAUUAGAGUUCUCAAGAAGUAAUUCAAAAGUUAUUUUUUACAAAUUGCUAAAAGAGAAAGAAAAACACGUUUUAAAAUUUGCCACCCCUUUUAACUUUAAUUCCCAGUAGUUGAUAAAAUAGUGAAAAGCAAAAAGAAAAUUGAAAGGGGAAUAUUUUUGUGUCACUGACUUGAAAGGGAGAGGGAGAGAGGAUGAGUAAAUUAUGAGGAAGCAUGAAUCCUCAGCAAAAAAAUAAAGAUAAUAAAACGAUUAUCAAGAAAAA